AUGAGCGCCUUCCAGUGCUGCAUUUUGACCUUCGCCGAGUCCCAGGUCGAAGAGCCCGAGCGCUCCAAGUCCUUCCGCUUCUACCGCAGCGCUCUCAUCGGUCUCCUUCACUGGGUGUUGCAGAUGUCACCCGAGUUGCUACCCUGGCUGUGCUGCUUGUGUCACGACAUGUCUCGUCCCUUGGGCACAAAUUUUUCCUUGCAUGCGGGUGCCUGGCAACAGUUAGCGGAUACCUUGACUGAUGAUUUGCAUUUCCGCAAAUCGCCACCAGGGCCGACCAUCCCCCCGGGGAGCAAGUUGUUGAGUGCACGUCAUGUGGUGAUCAAGUGCAAAGCGGAUUUGCGUCUGGUUAGGGCCACAGGCAAGCGGAUCUGGAUUCGUGUGGCGGAUGCAUCAUCCAGCAAGCAUCGAAUCAGCACGGUGAGCAGACAGUUCAUCAUGUUCUGGGUGCACUUUUGCAUGCGGCCUCAGAUGCCCCGCUGUUUGUCUCUGCCACCUUUGGACUUUCAGUAUUCCUUAGCUGCUGACGCUUGUGCUAAGGGCAACGACAUUGGGAUUGGCGGAUGGGUUGAAUUGCCGAAUCAGCCCAUCGUUUGGUUUUCCGAGUGGUUUACGGUCCAAGACUUCCGUUCGCUGGGCUUGCCCAUGAAAGAUGAUGCUAAUUUGGACAUCACGGCGUAUGAGACGCUGGCACAACUGGCUCUCUUGAUAGCUUUCAUUUCCAUCACUCCUACCGGACGACUUCGGGUGUGCAUCCCAUCUUGGUCGGAUAACUCGGGGACCGAGUCCUUGACGAACAAGCUUUUCACAGUACAUACACCGCUGUGCUUCUUCGCUCAGAAACUGGCCACGCGGAGUUGGCAGUCUGGCAUCUCUCUGGAUUGUACACACAUCGCGGGAUGUCACAAUGAUAGCGCUGAUUUCUUGAGUAGAUGGAAAGGCGACUUGCAGGCACUUCCUUCCCGGUUCCACUUGGAUCAUCGGGUUCGAUGCCCACUCACGGUCUUGUGGGAGGGCGAGCGCGAUGUUCGGGUUUUCCCGCCAGAUGCUAAGCUGCUAUGGCAGCCGCCUGUAUCGUCCUUCAAUGAACAAAGUGCGUAA